AUGGCCGAGAAACCCUCCGUGGAGCAUAGAGAGACGGAUCCUCAGCCCAGCGUGAUCACUGCUCCUCCAGCUCAAAUCCCGCCAUCCCAACCCCCACCUGCCUAUGACAAUCCCGUAGAAGUAAUCCAGCCUGUUUCUGCUGCUGCAAAAGGAGAGCAGUAUCAACAAGAACUCCUCGCCCGGUGUGCAGCUGGCCAACACGACUACAGUACGAGGUUCGGUCCAUGUGGAAUCAUCACUGCGAUCGUCAGUGCUUGCGAUUUUCCUCGUGUUUAA